AUGUUCAAGCUCACCUCUGUCUGCACCGCCGCUGUCGCUCUGGUCUUGGCCGCUGACGGUGUCGCCGCCUGGGGCGCCACUGGCCAUAUGCUCGUCGGCAAUGUGGCCCAGAGCUUCCUGUCGCAGAACUCCAUCAAUGUCAUCAACCAGCUCCAGUUGCUUGCCAGCUAUGGCAACACUCUCGAAGCCAGCGUCCCCGCUUCGUCCGUGUGCAAUUGGGCCGAUCAAGUCAAGUACACUGCUGGCUACACCUGGUCCGCCCCGCUGCACUUUGUCGACACUGUCGACAACCCACCGGUUUCGUGCUCCUUCAACUACGCGCGGGAUUGCCCCGGAGGCAACUGCGUUGUUGGCGCCAUCGCCAACUACACCAGCAGACUGAACUGCAACAACAACUACGGCCAGUCUGCCCAGGUCGAAGCCCUCCAGUUCUUGACCCACUUCCUCGGUGACAUCACCCAGCCCCUGCACGCCUGUGGCCGCGAUCUGGGCGGAAACAACAUCCCCGUUGUGUUUGACGGCGUCAAGACAAACCUGCAUCACAUCUGGGACACCGAAAUCCCUGAGAAAAUCAUGGCCGAGGACUAUGGCAACAGCUACACCACCUUUGCCAACGCUCUGAUCUCCAAGAUCCAGAACGACUAUGCCUCCCAGACGGCCUCGUGGGUGGCCUGCACCGAUCUCUCGAGCAACGCCUGCCCCUCGGCCUGGGCCGCUGACUCGAACUCGUUUGACUGCUCGACUGUCUUCAACGCCGAGGCCACCUCGGGCGAUGAUCUUGGCGGCGACUAUUUCAAUAACGUCAAGAGCAUUGUCGACCUCCAGCUGGCCAAGGCCGGAUAUCGCCUUGCCAUGUGGCUGAACAACGUCCUGGGCACUUGUUCGUCGGGCGGGUCUUCCACCAGUGCCGUUGUCUCCACCAGUGCCGCUGUCUCCACCACCACCACCUCUGCCACUACCACUGCUGCUGCUUCCACGACCACCCCCGUUGUCAUUACCACCACCAAGAAGACCACCACCAAGCAGACUACUACCAAGCAGACUACUACCAAGCAGACCACCACCAAGCAGACUUCUACCAAGCAGACCACGACUCCCUCCGCCAUCCCCACUGGCCUCCCCACCGCCGGCCAGCCCUGCUCUGUUGGUGGUCAAUUCAGCUGCGGCUCGGCCAACGACAUCCUCAUCUGUGUGGACACCUGGAUCGUGCUCGGCACCUGUGCCUCGGGACUGUCCUGCGAUCCGGCCAGCUUCACCUGCCGCAACUAGCUCGAUCUGUGAGGCCAAAUCGCUCCAAUAUCAGCAAAUGUGUGCGAAUCCCUG